AUGCCACCCCCUCGCAACCUGACCAACUCCUUCUCCGUCUCCGACAGCACCAACGAGGUUGUCUGUCCGCUGCGCAACCAGGAUGGCUCCAGCUGUCGCAAGCGCUGCAUCGGCGAGAAGCGCUACCGCUCCAUGCAGGAGCACAUCCGCCGCGCCCAUCCUGAGCACUACAUCUCGAAGCUGCCUGCCACCGAGGAGAGCUUUGCGCUGAUGGUCAACACCCCGCCGCACGAGCGCCCUCCUCCGCCGCCGCCGCCGAACCAAGGCCCUCCCCCACACUCUGUUGGCUAUGCGCACGAAGCCACCGCCUACUACCACGAUGACUCCACUCCGAGGUCGUCCGACGAGAUGCGCCGAGGCUCGCUGCUGCCCGCCGCCAGCGCUGCUGCUGCCCUCGCCCAGCUGCACAAUCACCGGCCUGAAUACGACUGGGACUCGGAGCAGGACGUCGUAUCAGAUCCCGAGUCCAAGAACAGGCAGAAGGCUCGCUUUGCCGUUGACCCGCAGCUGAUGGCCGAGGGCGACUUCUCCUAUGCCACCACUUCGACCCCACGCGAGCUGUUGCCCUCUUCCCUGGCCCGCUCGCCGCCCGGGCGUUCUUCCACUCUGCCUCCCGUUCCCCGCCCGAACAAAUCGCGGCCGCGCAAGAGCUCCAUCACCCAGAAUGCGCGCAGGCCGAGGCAUGAAAGAAACAGGUCCAAGGAGCUCCAGAGGCGCAUGAGCCAUGACAGAAAGGCCUUCUCGGUCGAGCCCCCGAGCACAGGAACUAACGUGUACGGAAAGCGGUGGGAGGACCUGAUUGAUGCAGCAGCUUCGGCCACAGAGGAGGACAGCCGGGAUUUGACUCCUAUCCCUCAAUCCCCACAUCACUUGAACCGAGCUUCGCUUCCGCCCUAUGUCACGUCUCAGUUCCAUUCUUACCAUGCUUCGCCACUCCAAAACACCCUGACGCCGCCACCGCCGGACCAGCCCGGCAUGGAGCCUUUCCCUUCUGUUGAGUCUUCUAUCGAGUCGAACCAGUCCGGCCACAAUUUCCACAUCUCCUCUCAAGGCCUUUCGGACUCGUCGCCCACUUACGAUUGUGUCGAUGUCCUGUCCAGCGAGCAGAAUCGCGGCCGCGGUCGCUGUCCAAAGUGCGGUACGAUUGGUGGGAAGUUCAAGCCAUUCCAGCUGGAUAUUAGGUGA